UAAUUUUUCUACUUCCAUCUAGCUAUUAUUGGUCGCAAAAAGUCUUUUAGCUCCUCGAGUACUAUUCCCAACUACUUAUCAUCCAAACUAGCCAGUCCAACAUUCUCAUCAAUUCGACUUUCAUCUUCUUUCUCCUCUCACUUUUCCACCAGGCAUGCACCGCAAAUCGAUAGAAGCCCAACAAACAUUGAGGGAUGAUUCCGGCGUUAGCGAUCACGAAGACUCCGCCGGUUCGAAAUCCAACGAUGAAUCACGUCGCCUUACCUCUUCCACCGAAUCGUUGAAUGUCGUCUCACCUGCACCGACGCGCGAACGCCAACAAACCUCCUCCAGCGCGACCACACCCACAGCAACUACCGCUUCAUCAUCGUCGCCGCACAUUGACCUGAGCAGCCCCUCGCCGCCGACAACGCAUGCCCGGCAAUUGUCACCUUUGCAACAACAUCAGCGUAGUUUUUAUCAACAGCAAGUAGCGGCAUUAACACCGCCAACCGCUCAACCCUGCUAUCAUCCCCUCUUGGAUGCCGCCAAUGCCAGCGCUGGUGCGGCCACCAGCAAAGAUUUCCACAUGAUUAUGAAUACGGCCGUAGCAGCUGCAGCGGCGGCAGCAGCGGCGAGUGGUGCUGGAGGCAGUGGUGGUAGUGGUGGUGGUGGUGGUGGUGUUGGCGCAGCAGCAGCUGGGGCCGCUAUGGGCGCUGCAAGUGGACUGCAUCAUCAUGCGCAUGCGGCGGGUGCUGUGGGACCGUAUGCGACGCUUGAACAUGAUCCGGAUACUUUUAGAAACAACUCCAUCGCCUGUCUGCGAGCCAAAGCUCAGGAGCAUCAGGCUCGUCUUCUCAACAGCGGUCUCUUUCUGCAAGUGCGUUCUUUUGCUGGUUUUCAAGCCAGCAAUAAUGUUGCGGCGGCGGCUGCCAGUGUUGCCGCUUCGAAUCGGUCCAAUAAUAUGCUAACCAACAGCAACAACAACCACAACAGCAAUGAAACCAUAAAAAUUGUUGACGAUUCGGAUGGGCAAUGCUCACCCAUUGAUUUUGGCAGCAUUUGCAAUGCGAAUAAUAGCAACAAUAGUGGCAAUAAGAACAACAACAGCAAUAUGGAUUUUUGUUUGCCCAUGGCAACCGCUAUGCACCAACAACAACAACACCAGCUGAAGUUGGAGCGCAUGUCCUGUGAUUUGUAGCAGUGAAUUGCAACCCUGCAGUCUAAGCAAUAA